CCGGGGCAGUAGUACGUCAGCGCAACUGGCGCUAUAUAGUGUACAUCCGUACGAAUCAACCAAUCAGCUCAUGUGGAGCAACCGCUUAAGCAGCCCAGGCAAUGCCGUGGGGUUCCUCUCACCCCAACCACCCGUUGCCAUGGCAACGCCGCAGCCGUCAUUUGUGAAUGGGCCCAGCUCACGAUACCGACAGGACUUCUAUGAAUUGAAUCGUUUGGGAAAGGGUGCGUAUGGGUCGGUGUUCAGGGUAAUGAACAAACUUGACGGUACGGUGUAUGCGGUCAAGAAGAUCCGAUUGGACGAGUCACAACCGGAUGAGGUAUUCUGA